AUAAUAGAAACAUUAUAAUUUAUGCCAUGGUUUAGUGUAAAGUAGAUGCAUUACUGGUGUGCUGUAAGAUGUAAGGUGGUUAAAUAGGGUAUAAUACAAUCAAUCCAUUACACACGCGUGAAAGUUGUUCCUAAAAACAAAAGUAAGGUGGGUUUCACACAUGGGACGUAAAAAACAUAAAUGUGAGCAACCGGUUCACAAGGGCAAAGACACACGGAAGGGGAAGUCAUUAGAAACUUUCACAGAGGAGAUGCAUGAGGCUCUGCAAGUCAGUGAGGAUGUGGAUUCAGAGGCGGCAGGAGGUGUGAAGUUGCCCUGUCAGUUGGCCAUGUGGGAUCUGGGUCACUGUGACCCGAAACGGUGUACAGGGCGGAAGCUGGCCAGGAAAGGUUUUCUGCGCUGCCUGCGACUCAACCAGCGCUUCAGUGGCCUGAUACUCAGCCCGAUGGGAAUCAAAUACGUUACACCCGCAGACAGGGAGAUUGUGGCAAAGGGUGGUCUAGCUGUGAUUGACUGUUCAUGGGCUCGACUCGAAGACACGCCUUUCAGCAAAAUGACUGGCUCACAUCCGAGACUUUUGCCAUACUUGGUCGCAGCAAACCCUGUAAACUACAGAAAGCCGUGCAAGCAGUCCUGCAUCGAGGCUUAUGCCGCCACCUUCUGCAUUGUAGGAUUUCGUGACCUUGCUGUGCUCCUGCUGAGGAAGUUUAAGUGGGGCUUGGGAUUUUUUGAACUGAAUAAGACUCUUCUAGAGCAUUACGCUUCCAGCCAAUCAGAAGAGGAACUACUUGCUUUGGAGAAAGAGUUUCUCAGUGCCACCCCUCAGGAAGAGGAUAUAGAUCGUUUCGAUGUGGACUCAGGAAGAGACUUUGUGAAUCUCAACAGACCAGUCCAGGCUGAGGACGAUGACAGUGAUGAGACAUCGGAGGAGGAAGAUGAUGGUGAGGAAAAAAGAACAGAAGAGUAAAGGGGAAGAUGAUGAAAGAAAUGAGGAGUCUCGAGUUGUGUAUUCUUAAAAUGUAACAUUUGGGGAAGAAGGAUGUUUAGUCACUGAUUUAGUAACACUGACCUUUACUUGACAUGAGCAAACUUCUGUUUUCUGUGUGUUUGCAGAUGGCUGCAGAUAUGGAACUUGUAAGUUAACAAAACCAGAGUAAUACCAGGCCUGGAUUUAUGUUGUUUUGAUUGUGCGCAGCAGUCGUAAGUGAGGGGCUGUCGCGUUAUUUUCAGUUUUGUGUUUAUU